AUGGCUGCUGUGAAGGCGCUUCAACAGUGGUGCAAAAUCCAGUGUGAAGGCUAUCGGGACGUGUCGAUUACCAACAUGACAACAUCUUUCCGGGACGGUCUGGCUUUCUGCGCUCUAAUUCACAAACACAGACCGGACUUGAUAGACUUUAACUCUUUGAGCAAGGAAAAUGUCUAUGAAAACAAUAAACAGGCUUUCGAGGUGGCAGAGAAUGAGUUGGGUAUUCCUGCCUUGCUGGAUGCCGAAGACAUGGUGGCUUUACGAGUGCCUGAUCGCCUCAGCAUCCUGACCUAUGUGUCCCAGUACUACAAUUAUUUCCAUGGACGCUCUCCUAUUGGAGGUAUGGCAGGAAUUAAAAGACCAGCUGAAGAGUCUAAUGAAGCGCCAUCUGAGAAGAAGAACCCACCUGUCACAGCUAAAGUGUUUCCCUCCCCUAAACCAGCCACAGAGAACAAGACGCCUAAACCAGAAAACGAAAACAAGAGAGAAGUUUUGGCAGAACGUGCCAAUAAAACGACUCUGAGCAGCAGUUGUAACGUGUGCCACCAGCACGUUCACCUUGUGCAGCGCCACCUAGUAGAUGGGAAACUGUACCACAGGAACUGCUUUAAAUGCAAAGAGUGUUCCACUAUUCUUCUCUCUGGCACGUACAAGCCUGGAAAAGCAGCGGGAACUUUCAUCUGCAAGACACACACAAGCAUAGAGAAGCCUGUAACCGUCCCGACUACACACAUCACCGUGACUCCACCAAAAACACCAUCCACAUUUAUAAGCAAGACUGACCAGAAUGCAUCAGGAGAUACUGGAAAAACUGGUUUAACACCUAACACAUCUAAACCAAGCUGGUUGGCCAAUAAAAGUGACCGUGUACCCGCUCGUGAGUUAACUGCCACACCUACUCCAGCGGUUCGGCUCACACCAGCGCCAAAAACAACUCCAGCACCAGAGACUACAACUGUGAAGACCUCCUUUAGCCCCCGAACGCCCACAGAGUCUCUUAAACCAGCAGGCAACAGUGUAGAGAAGAACCAAGAAGCCAGAAAGAGGUUCUUUGAGUCCAGCAGCAGUCCCAGCAGUAAUGUGCCUGCCAGUAAGAGCACCCCAUCAUACACCUCAACUAUAUCUGUGAGUCCAGCAAAUGUUCAAACUCCUACACCAGAGAGCACUGCACCUAGAGCCACUGCAGGAGCCGCAGCUGGUAGAGGUAGAGUCCUGCUGCGUGUGGGAGACGGGCCAAAAACACAGGACACCGAAAAAGAGAAGGAGAAUGAAAAGGAGAAAGCCAAAACUGUGAUCGGCAAGAUGGUGACCGUGGAAAAGAAUAACAACAACUCUCAUCAGAGUCAAGCUGGGCUGAAAGCAAACAACAGUAAUGUUUCCCCUGUGGAGUCUGGUGCUAAAGGCCCCUCAGGUAGGGUGCGUCUCAAAGCACUGGAUACCAGCGUGGAACCUACUGCCCCGGCUGCUGCAGCGCCGUCCUGGAUCAAAGAUAAUACCUUAAAUAAAACCUCCAGGCCUGCGAGCACGGUGUCGUUUAACAGCAAGGAAAACGAUACAGCUCCGUCUGAUUGGAGGUCCAGGCUCAAACCUGUAAAAACUGUCGGUUCCACAGAAAACACUGGCUCACCCUCCAAGAAGCCAGAAGCAGCUUCCUCUCCACGGGCAUCUGGUCUGGGAAUCUCCCAGACAUCGGUUCCUGCACCAUCUACCACAACCAUCACCAUUAGCAUCAACUCGCCCAAAGCUCCCUCACCUAGCCCGAUGAAAAACGGGACUAAAGCUAGUGACUCCAGCAGUGGCAGCAUCAUAUCUCCUGGUAGUCCUUCAGACACUGAAACUCACAAAUUGCAAAAGCCGGGUUACAUUCCGAAGGAAGACAUUCAAAAAGAACUGAAGGAAAUCGAGAUGAAUAUGAACGAGCUGGAGAAAAGAGGAGUAGAGCUGGAAAAACAACUUCGACAAUGUGAUGAGGAAGGACAAGAGGACACAUUAAUGAAUGACUUAAUGGUGGACUGGUUUACCCUCAUCAGAAACAAACAGGUCUACAUGAGACGCGAAUCCGAGCUUGUGUACAUUGCCAAGACACAGGAUCUAGAGGAAGAGCAACCCAGUGUUGAGGCCGAACUCAGGAAACUGCUGGACAAGCCAGACCAUCUGAAGACAUCUUGGGAUCGUAAACGAGAAGAAGAGCUGAUGGAGAAACUUGUGGGGAUUGUGAACGACAGGAACGCUAUAGUGGAGGGACUGGAUGAAGACAGACUGAGGGAGGAAGAGGAGGAUGAGCAGCUGAAUAAGAUGAUGGAGAAUCUUGAUAUGAAGAAAGAAAAGGUAAAAGGCAAGAGAAAAUCCAUAACGCGGUGGUUUAGUCUGAGAAGUAAACGGCCGUCCACAGAGGACUGAUCCUCAUGAAAAGGGGUGUGUGUGUGUGUGUGUUUUGUCCCAGAUCGAAUGUUUCCGCUGCAGCUUGAGGUCAGGCCACUAAAUCUUAAGUGCAGUUAAACAGGCUUCAACAAAUGUUUUGUGUGUGUGUGUGUGUGAAAUUACAUCAUUAUAUAUUUUCUCACACUUUUUUUUAACAUACUUUUGCACCUUUUUAUGUCUCCUCGUCUCUUGUCAUUGUGGGUGUGAUUUGUGCAUUUGUUAACAAACAUUUUGCACUUGAACCCUUUGUAUACUGUUGACUGUGUCUCUUAGUGUUUCAUUAGGGAAUUGGACAGUUUUGAGAGAAAUGAAGUCAUACUGAUUCAUAUUGGAUCAAAGUUAAAAAGGGACAGGUUAAGGUCCGACUCCAACUGAAUUAACUUUUUACAAUGUAUUUUAAAUUGAGAAUAUCACUAAUUUUCGCUGGAAACUAUCCUGUUAAAUCAUUUUAAUGGUGUAUUAUCCUGGCACAUUUCUACUGUCUCAACAGCAGGGGGCAGACAGUGACUGAUUUCAGCUACAGGACACUGUAUGCCAUGAUCUCUCAACAACCUUUGAAAGAACUGAUUUAAUAGGGUCUCUGUUUAAGACUGUUAGGAUUCAUCAUUUUGUUUCAUCAGUCACUAGGAUCAUACUUUUAACCACUGUCCAGGUAGUUUUUUAUUGAGGGUUUUUUUUUUCCUGGGUUUACCAUAAAUACGAAUUGUUUUCAUAUGAUCUGCACUUUUUGUUUUAAAUGUUCUUGCUCUCUUUAAACUGUAUUUUAUCAAAGCUACAAUGUGUGUAACAAACUGUUUAGCUGUUUGUACCAAAGUAGUUGCCUAACUGUUUGUGAUUUAAGCUGAAAGGUCUCUAUUUUUUUACCCAGUGCCCAGCAUUUAAUUUCAAACCUCUAUAUUCUGUACAAUAAAUUUUAAUCGUCAACAUGAA